GCGAGAUCUUGUCACAUCACAUUCUUCUUGUUCGAGUCCUUUUUCUCAACUGCUUAUUCACUCACUGGUUUUCUCCUAGCAUAAUUAUUCUCAUACGCCAAUUUUAUUUCAGUAAUCCCCAUUAUUCUGUGCCAGCCAGCCAUGACAGUCCCAAGGGCCCGAUUGAUUGAAGCCUCCAGCACUCAUUGACGACCUCAGCCUCGUUGGAACCUCGCAGAAAUCGAAUACGUCGCAUUCGAAGUCCUCAAUUGAAGCUAUGUUACGAAGCCAACUAAACGAUACCCUUGGCCCGAGUAUUGGUGUUGGAGAAGACAGCGGAAGUGGAGGGUCGCAGGGGUCGCAAGACAAAGAUGCUUCUCCUCGAAGACGAGCAGCUUCAAAAUCGCCUUCGAAAGCACGAUCUCUAUCAGAUGGAGGACCUCCAGCUCUAUCUCCAUCCCCGAAGUUUCGAGAGCCCGAGAAGCGGAAAUCGAAGGACGACAGUGCCCUCGAAGGCAGCCCGUCAACUCCACGGCGACCUGCCUUCCCUCGCGGCCUUUCGCUGCAGAUGCCGGCACGAGACCUGAUGUCCCCAAGCACAUCCGCGACAUAUCGCGUACCUUUGUCCCCCAAGUUGGAUCAUUCUCAAACAUAUGGGUCACCAACUAGUGUCCUUCCAAGGAGAUCGCGAGGUUUGGAGUUCUCUCGAUCAGCCACACAUCUCCACAAUUCUACACUCGCGGAAUCCUCUCCAGAUUCCUCACCAACCAUAACGGGGCGAGCAAUGAACAUACCAAACAGAAAGAACGGGUUGCACUUCGCGGGCGGUCUCGACUCUAGUAACAUCAACUCCAGCUCAUUAUGGUCCACCAUGGGGAACGCCGACCGAAUGACAGUAUCGAGCUCUUUGGGCAGCGUCAAUAUGAUGAUGUCUGAAUCAUCGAGUAGCAGCUCCGACGACGAUGUCCUCAUGGACACAGACGACAUUGACGAGUCGAUUUUGACGACCCCACAAGUCAACAAGAUGAAUGGUCUUUUUGGGGGUCCGCAGCCUAGCCCAGGCACCGGCUGGGUUGGACAGUCACCCGCCGUGAAUUCUCUCAUGUCCUUUGCCAGGCUGCGACACCAAAAAGGCAAGAGCAGGAAGAGUUCUAGCAGUGGCAGCGGCAACUCAAUGGUGAGCCCGAGUUCGAAGUCACCACCAACAAUGCGCAAUGUCGACGGUAUAAAUGGAUACUUUGGAAGGGAGAUGACGUCGGAGGCUAUACAUAAUCGUCGCGAAAGUAUAUCUUGGGCGGCAAACCAACUGCAUAUAUCUGGGGGGAGCGAGAGUGAUGAUGGCACAUUAAAAUCUACUCUGGAACAUGUGGAUGGGAUGAGUCCAAAAGUAAUCAGAAGAGCUGUGACAAGGAGGGGUAACAUGCUACCCAAAACAAAGGGAUUUGCUAGGAUUCGAGCAGCACUCGCAGAAGAAAGCGCUCCCGUUGAGACCGAAUUUCGCCGUGAAGCAGAAGUUGUCCGCCUCACACGAGAAAGCGACAUGGAGCUCGAACCCCGCCAUCCCUCGGCUUCCAAUACUACGACUACACAUUCCUCGCCUACCAUGGUACGUACAGCUUACGCAGACGCAGAAUACUCUUUUUUUCAUCCCAUGUUGGAGAGCUGGCGUUGUGGUGUACAUCAUCUCUCGGUGCCUUGGACCUACCACACAAGACUCCUUAGACGGUAUACCAGAAGAUGAGACGAUGACGGAUAUAUCUCAGGGUUUGUCUAGCAGCUUCAAGCAACACGCGAUGCGGAAUUCGAAGGGCAAAGACUUUUGGGAGACAUUCAAAGAUGAUAGCAACCGUACACCUCCACCACCUCAGUUUCUUCCACGAGGCUCCUCUUCUGGUAUCAGCGAUAUCUCCCUCGACUCGCCCUCUCUUCAUACCCCUCCACUGUUCCCCAGCUUGUCAAAUACCUCCGACCAGGCUCCAUCCUCACCCUCGAGAUCCUCGACUCCACAACCGCAAACGGGGCCGACAAGAGAAGAAAUCACACGCAAGGUCAACAAUAAGCGGAGGAGAGACGACGAUUUUGAUCCUACAAGCUUCAAGCGUCGUGCUGUCUCUCCGGGCAUGAGUGUGCACAAUAGUCCCAUCAUGCAGAGCCCUAUGCAGAGGGAUCUUCAGCCAUGGGGCAGUCGGCCCCCAAGCAAUGGAGAAGGCAAGCAGGCGAACGGAGGUCCCAAGAGAGUUGGGUUCCAGGGCAUGGUCGAUACAAACGAUGGUCUGAUGAAAAUGAGCAUCGAGUGAUUGGGCUCUGUAAUAUACAACUUGUGCCUGGCUUGGACUUAUUUGAGGACUGGAAUGGAUUGCGGGCGCAUAGGGUUCUUGCUAUUAAUUUAGGGGCUAGUAAAAGCAUGAUACCAAUAAAUGUUGAUACUAAGAAAAGCUUUGGACUGUCAGAUACUUCCAGGCCCAAUGCUCCGAUUUGUUCUCCUUUGUUCCAGACUCAGCAUUGUUGGGUAAUCAGUUUCUCUCAAGCAAGUACACCUUCCAUGGAGAGUCACAAGGGGCGAUUUACAUCAAAAUAUUUUCGGUAAUUCACCAAAUACGAGAUCGAAACAAAGCACCAUUGGCUGCAGGCCACUUCAACGUCUCAAAUAAGUGGCAGCUCAGCCCCACUCUUGACAUCGAAU